AGCAGCAGCGACAUCACCUCGUCCGACCACCGACCAGACUCCCCGUCACCCAGCGUGUCUCCAUCCCUCGCCCUCGAUGCCGUACCCUCACUCGACCGCUCGGCGUCUCUGCCCUCGAGCUCAGCAGCCUCCAGCUUCUCCAGCCAUUCUCGUCAUUCCAGACUAUCAGAAGGCUCAUCAUCCGUCGUCCGUCGACGAGGCUACAUGCGGCCGCAGGGCACAUCCUUCGCGACCUCCGCAAAGAACAGAGACUCGGUCAUGAGUCUAGGAAGCAUCGCACACAUGCAAUACUACUUCGCACGAACGGGUCUCCUCGACGGAAAAGGCGCACAACUGGCUAAAGAAGGCAUGAAAAGAAAAGACCUCCAAAACGCCGCGGACAAGGAGAAUCAGCAACCUUUCUACCACCAAACCCAAGACGACUUCAACAUCUCCUCCCUCUCCCUUCAUGAAAGCGGCAGCAACACCCUCUCCUCUCCUACUGACAGCAUAUUCAACACCUCCGCCUGGGACCCGCGGGAUCCGAUCAUGCUUCCACCCACCGUCUCCACCUACAAACAUAAACCGACCUACCUCUCUCCUCUCCCGGACAUGCCGGUCCUCCGUCGUGAACUCAAAGAAGCCCUUCAAGACGCCUGCAAAGUGCUCGAAGAGUCCCAACGCGCAUUGGAUACCCAGUACCACAACGUGGCGGAAAGCUCGGGUUACCAUGAAAUUCAAGGACUGCAUUUGUUGGAUAUCAUCACCCUCGCUAUUCGUGCGGCGAAGAAUUACUACACCGCGCAUGUGAAUCCGGGACGGUUGUACGCCAUCAAACCGGAAAAGACGAUUCGUUCGGAUUUGUAUGCGGUGUUAGAUGUGUUGAAACGUAUGGCGGGGAGGAAUUUUAGAGGUGGCAUGAGGAUCGGGGAGCUGUCGGAUAUUCUAAUGUGGAUUGAGAGUAUUGAUCAACUUCUCAAACAAGAGGAGGCGCUGGAGUUGAAAGAGGCGGAGGAGUGGGAGAGCUGGACGUGGCGGACAGGCGACUGGACAGAGCGCGAGAGGGAGCGGGAAUGGUUAUUCUUGAAGUCCUUUGACGCGGGUGACCCUCCACUACCUCAAUGGCCGGAAAAGUCACCCGAUGAGCAGACCAGCCUGCCCAGCGACUUCCUCAAGACCCUCCAAGACGGCCAACGCCUCAUCCGCCUCCACAACACCCUCGUCUCCCGCUCGAAACGCAAAUUCCACGAAAUCAAGACCCACCACACAGACGUCAACAAACCCUACCGCAUGGCCGAUAAUCUCCGAUAUUGGAUCAAAGCGGCGGAAUUGCGCUGGGAUGUGGUGUUGGAAGUUCCGGUGUUGGACGUCGUGCAUGGCGACUCGCCGAGUGCGUGGACUGCUUUUGAGAAGGCGGUUUUGAGGUGGUGUCGGGCUGUGAGGGAGGAGUUGACGGAGGAGUGG